AUGUCAUUACUUAUUAUAUGCGACUCUAAUUCACUCCCCUCGUCUAUCUCUAUUGUCUUGACGAGCAUCGAGGAUGGACGGCCGCGUAACAUGGGCUUUGCGUGUCCAGGAUUUGCCGCGCCGAUCGGAUUCUCCCUAGGUCUAGCAACAUUAUCAUAUGCUUUUGCCUUUCAAGAAGUCCAGGGCAACUCAGCGCUUGGGGCAUCGCUACGAAUUCUUCCCUCUCUCAUCGCUGGCGCCUUGACCAACCUUUCUAUUAGCAUCUUCGUGAAUCGUGUGCCGGUCAUGUGGGCAGUAUUUAUCUCUUCAGGAUUAAGCACCGUAGCACCACUCUUAAUGACACUCGUCCGACCUGAGUGGCCGUAUUGGUACGACGCGUUCUUCGCACAGAUCCUUGCUCCUCUGAGCUGCGAUCUUCUCUUCACCGUCGGUCUGCUCGUAGUCUCCGACGUCUUUCCCAAACACAUGCAGGCUCUAAGUAGCGCCGUGUUCAAUACCUGCGCACAGCUCAGCACCGCCAUCGGACUGACCCUGACCUCGGUAAUCAGCGCCUCCGUGACCAAUAGUUCGCAAUACGCAGACAAGGCUUCCCCUGGUGCCCUCAUAGUCGGAUAUCGCGUUGUUUUCUGGGCCAUGUUUGCUUGGAUAUUGCUCGUGUGUCUGGUGUGUGUAUUUGGGCUGCGUCGGGUAGGUGUAAUUGGCGUGAAGCGGGAUUAA